UGUUUUGAUUCGAUUUUUAAAUGACUUUCCAUGCAUAGAAGAAACUUUAACAUAGGUGAGGUCUCAUUGCCUCGUUUUAGCAGUUGAUGUCGUCAUCGUUUUUCCUAAUGACAACUCAACUUACUCACUCUUAAAAAGCCAAUGUGGUCAGUUUAUCUUUCUUAGCAACCUGCUCGAGGCGAUGAGGUUGAAACUACACGAAAACUAAUUGACGAAUGCUUUUAUCUGAGAAGAGCAUAUGGUUAGAACACCAGACCCUAUUUAGUCACGUUCUGUUUCAAAGAAAUUACCUGAAAGCAUGUUUCCCCAUGUAUGCUAUGUUAUAGACGCGAAACAAAUCUCGAUGGACAAUUCACUAAUAAUGACAAUAAAUAUGAAAGGAAAAACGCCUUGAUGAAAUAGUUAAAUAAUACAAGCAUAAUUCGCAUUAUGUUGUCUUUACAUACACAAACCUUUGUUCUGCAUCACCAUCUGUUACAAACCAUUCAAUAAUUAAUGUUUUCUACGUCUAAACGAGCUUAUUUAUCAUUGGAUCGGGCAUCGCUGUUGUUGAUUCAUGAAAUAAAUAAAGAGGCACAGUUUUCAGAGUGGAAGGGCAAGAAAGAUCAGUUUUGUUAAUUCAAUCGGGCAAAUUAGACACUGGUUGUUAAAUGAUACCAUUGGUAGCCUGGCUACAAAUUGAGACAAUUAUCACUACACAUUGCUUUCAAAGAAUACAUGAAAACUGCCUUUUUUCUGUUGAGUCAUCGACAUAGUAUUGGUUCAAUUGGUGAAAUUGUCAACAUAAAACUAUGUUUUAAAGCCAAACGUAUCCCGCAGUCUUGACUAGCGACUGUAACGAAGCUGUCAAAUACAAGCUCAGUGGAGCGCUGUAAGCCGAUUUUGGAGAACUGUUUUUAGCCAAGUUGCCUGCGACGCAGUUACUCGGAGGAGUUUCUGCAAUUAAAGAUGGGGAAAAGAAGAGUGACUGAUCUCAUAUUGGCGAUAAUUGUGUCAUACAUCUCAAAGCUGAGCUGUUUUGAUAAUGUGAUUACAUAUCUUGGUAGUGAUGAAAUCCACCAGGCCUCUUACACAAAGUAUUCGUCAUGGAACUCAGAAUCCACUGGAAUAAUUUCCUUUAGCUUCAUAACUAGCAAUUCUAAUGGACUGUUACUUCAUGUUGGAGACAGCAAUUCAACAGCGUGGAAUCGAAAUUAUUUGGAGCUACGGAUCAAAAAUGGAAUGCUGAACUUUAUAUCACGCAUAAAAAAUGGCACAACGUUGGUCAAAUGGAAGCGAGUCUGGUACACAAAAGAGGUUGAUGAUCUCAAAUGGCACGAUGUUCAAAUAAGGAGAAAUGGAAUCAAUGCCAUGCUAUCAUUGGAUGGUGAAAGAUUGCUCGUUCAGUUUGGAGCAGCCAAUAUGUACGCCAUAAAGAUUAAAGGCUCUCUGUAUUUUGGAGGUUUACCUGGAAAUGGUCAGCAUGACUGUCAAUUAUCAUUCAGAUCAAAUCAAUUUAUUGGUGCAAUAAAAGAUGUUGGAUAUGGACCUCUUUUUGAAUUUCAAAGUGGCUAUGAGCGUAUACUAGUCAAAGAGAGGGCUGUCUGGGGCUAUGUCGACCACUGCUUGAAAAACCGCGGGAGGAUGAGGCUAUGCCAAAAUGGUGGUAUAUGUGUGAAUAAAUUCAACAACUUUUCAUGCAAUUGCCUUGGCACUGGCUAUGAAGGAAGAAAUUGUGAAAACGAGUCGAACUCUAUUGGUUUCAGAGGUUUAGACUACGUUGAGUGGAAACCGUUGCCAUCAGAAAAGUCAUUGGAAGCGAAUGAGAUUGCACUGAGAUUUAGGACGCGUGAAUUAAACGGCGUGUUGAUGUACAUUGGCAAUGCAACAAAGUAUCUGGUAAUCGAGCUCUUUGCUGGCAAGCUUGUCAUUGGCAGCCAGCUUGAUUCGGAAAAAUUGACAAUCAUUGCAAGCAAUCGCACCCUUAAUAACGACGACUGGCACUUGGUGGAAGUAUCUAGACGAGAAAUGCAUGUCAAAGUCUCAUUGAAUGGAACAAACAAUACACAAUCAUCAAUUCCUGGAAGCAGCUUGAAACGACAUUUGCAAGAUUCAAAGAUAUUUGUUGGCGGAAAAAGCUAUGUCAACUGGCUCCCUGGAACACUUUCAAAACAGUAUUUUAUGGGUUGCCUUCAACAGGUCUUUUACAACGGAGGGAACGUAAUAAAAGCUAUAAUAAAAACUUAUCGCACAACAAGCAGGAGAAGGACAAAGCAUGGGAAUAUUGUUAGUGGAUGUCCUAGUAGAACAACCAAAGCCCCUUUCACAAGAGGGCCUAGAAGUAAACGUUAUCGACCAACGGUUUCAAGAUUGACAAGAGCAAAAGCAAGAAUCGAGAACAAAGAAGAAGAAGCUCCGAAUACAAGAACUGAGUUAAAGAGAAUCAGUGGCACUUCCCAAACCAUGCUUAUUAUUGGCAUUAUAAUCGGAAUUAUCGUAUUGGUUGUUGUGAUAUCAGCUACUGUUCACUAUUUCAAGAACAGAUACAGGCGUGAAAUGGCACUGUCUGCAGUAUACACGAGGUCACCGAUCGAGAAUGGCACAAGCUCUGGGACAAUGCCUAUGUACAUUUCACCAUCAUCGUCAGGAGAAAAAAGCGAGAAACUUAAGGGAAUCGUAACCUGAAAUUGCAGUAGCGCUAGCCUCUUGUUCAGAUGCUCUUAAAUAGAAACGAGGCAUGAAAGAAAAGGAAGAAGAACACAUUGCAGAACGAUGAUUAAAGAUGCAAUGUUAUGUUUACGGUCAGCAUUAGAUUCAGAUAAAUAGAGAGAGAUGCAAGUAUCCAAACUGUGGCUGUUGAAGGUGUCUUAAAAUGCAAUGAUCGGUUCUUUCAGACUUCUGUACAAGUGAGCCAAAAUUUGGUACAAGAGAACUGCUCAAAAAACACUGACGCUUGGUUUGAUAGUUCAUUAAACCCUUUGCUUUGAUGACAUUUAAACAAACUUUGAUGUUCUAAAACUCUUUUUAACCUAACACAAAAAUCGUCGAUAAAGAGAGCCUUAAAAUCUGCAACUGAUACAAAAGAAAUUAUCAAUUUAGAGAUGUGAAAUGUUUAACAUGAAUUUUUGUUCAGAGAAAUCUGAAAAAAGAUUUACAACAAGGUAUCUGCGAAAUUAAGCAAAGAACUUUUCUAAAAUACUGUAGAAAAAAUGUCAUUCUCCACAAAUCCUAAUCAGAAUCACUAUGGCUCUAAAAACUUUUUUAACAAUUUCUAUUACGAUGAAAAUUCGAGGAAGACAGGAAUAUGACAAACUUCUAAUGCCAUAUCCUAAAAUUUUAAGGCAAUAAGAUAUUAUUCACGGACAUUCAAGUUAUUCAAGUUAAUUCGUAUGUUGACAGAGGUUGUCUUAAGUGUGUUGAGGUUUACGGAAAUGCAAAGACCGCACAACAAAAACUCAUACAGUAGCCUAAAACCAUUGCCUGGAACUUUCCCAGUUUGAAUAAUGUUAAAGAAAUUUAAUUGUUUGACACCCCAGGAUUUGUGACACUUUUAAGGAAUAUUGAAGCUUAUUCUAUAUUAGGAUAUGAAAAGAAAUCUGCGUUAGUCGUUGCUUUCUUUUCUGAUGUAUCUAGUCCAGACCAGCUGGAAGGUUUGAACAAUGCAAACCUGGCCAAGAGAAAUGAUUUUUGGAAAUGUUCACAGAACAGUGAUGAAAAGCCUUUCCAUUCCCAAAAACUUCCACCCUAAUGAGGAGUGUCCCCUAAAAUAAAAGGAAAUUCUGCUGAUCCUGUUUAAGGUCUCGUGAACUUUUCCUUUCGCCUAUUUGUUCAAGUUGUUCCUGCACUUGACAUGAACCAACAGAAAACUGGCGUUUAAAUGUCAAAAUUGCUCCAAGGAUAUUUUUCAACAUCUUUUUACUGUAUCGUGCCUAUAAAAAAAUUGGCUAAAAAAAUAGUGCUGGCUGUGUUGUAAGCGUAUAUAUUUCCGAAGAUGGGCAUGUCUGAGCGAAGUCCUUCCGUGAUCACCUUCAAAAAAAUUCAGCUAAGCCUUUUACGUUCUAUUUUUGUGUUAAUUGGGUCUUGGCUCAUUUUGGUGGUAAAAAAGUUAUGAUUGUGAAUGUUUAGUUAAUAAUGCAAAUUCCUGUAAAUAUGUUAUAUUAUAUAGUUUAAACUUUGUUGUACAAAAACUUGAAUUGGUAAGGACGAACUUUCUUAAUCUCAAACUUCAACUUCUCAAGUUCUCAAGCCUUCCAAUGUCAGCUCACGAUUCCUCGCAGUUUCCACUUUACCCAACAAUAGCUCGAAAUAGGACCAAAGUAAUAUAAAAUUGUUCAACUUUAAAUAUUUUUUCAGUGAAGCCGCUAUCUUAAGGAUUUGUAGUUGUGUAAUAAAUAAAAAAGGAAUGUAAUUGGAGAACAAGAUAGAAUUAAAGACCUUUCUGUGGCAACGUUAUGGAGUGUUUUCUUGGUCAGUGCUGAAACUGGAUGUAAAUAAUUUUGACUUUCCUGAACCUAUGGUUUUGUUUUACUGUUAUUUGAUAAUAUUUCCAAGGGUUUCUAAGGGACCAAUUUUCUGAUAAAUAAGGCCUAUGAAAAGUUAUACUUAACAAAAUCAAUCGGAAUUCUGACAAUAAUGACAAAUUAAAGAACAGUUGGACUUUUUUUCUAAAUAAGAAGCAGUUUUAUUGCAACUGUGCAUCCCAAGAACAGGAAGUUGCUCUUGAAAUUUUUAUUUGUUUAUGAUUACUCUAAACGAUUGAUAUUAUUCCAAAUAAUAGCGAUUUUCUUGGGCAAGAACUUUGAGAGCAUUGGAGCAAAUCUUUUCACAGUCAUUGUGAACGGUACGAUCAACACUAGCAUUAUUUGGAGGAGUAGGAUUGGCUGGUGGUUAG